AUGGCUGUUGCACCUUGCUCAGCUAAGAAUACAUCAUGUAGUGUUAUCGAUACAAGCCUUCUCUUUUUCAUUCAAUUUCUUGCACCACCUUUAAUAAUAUUUUAUUGUGGCAUAAACAUUUAUUUAAAUGUUCGACGAUUGAAGCAUCAAAGACAAUUACCAAGUAUCUCUAUCACCCAAACAACACAAACACGAAAUAAUAAAAGAACAGAUCGAAUACUUUUACGCAUGGUAUUCAUUCAAGUGAUCUUACUUCUCAUAUGUUCAUUGCCUGUUAUUGUAUUUCGAUUGUACACAACCCUUACAUUAACAACAGCUAAAAAUGUUGUACGUCGUUCAGUAGAAAAUUUAAUUUUCAAUGUUACUUUAAUGAUCUAUUAUUUAGAAAAAGUGUGUUCAUUUUAUAUUUAUACACUUACUAGUCCUCAUUUUCGAAAAACAUUAUGGCAAUUUAUUAUUAGGAUUCGUUCUGGUAAUAUUAUUGUACCUGAAAAUCAAAGAUGA